UCAACGUGAUGGCUAAAUUAAACAAAAACGAACGAACGGUGGAGGAAGAGAGAUGGGAAAGGUUAGUUCCGGUUCCAUCUUCAGAGGAGCGAGCGAGAGCGAGAGCGAGAGCGAGAGCGAGGCUUUUGUUCUCCCUCCUUUCCUUGUUCCUCUUCCGUCCUCCUUCGUUUCUGGUGGACGUGGACCCCACACCGGCGGCGGCACUCCCACGUUAACAUACAUUAAUCAUGUCUGUUCAACAGCCGCCAUGUGCCGCCCCGCUGCAAAACACCACAAUGGUGGCUGUUGACAAAGACAAAAACAGUGUUCAUGCUUUCCGCUGGGCCGUUAAUCACCUCGACAACCCCAUCAUCAUUGCCGUCCAUGUCAAGCACAAAAACUUUUCUCAUCAUGUCACCAAUGUGUUUCCACCGGACGAAGAGGAUGUAGCCAAUAUUUUCAAUACCUUGCGUGGAAUGUGUACCCGCAAAGCUGUCAAGAUGAAAGAAGCCGUAAUCGAUGAUAGUGAUGUUGUGAGAGGACUUUUAGAGUAUGCAAACAGGAAUGCCAUACAUAGUAUCGUGGUCGGUGCAUCCACAAAAAACCCUUUGAUAAGCCUCAAAAAAUUUAAAACCUAUCAGUAUCAGGAUAUACCAACAGCCAUGAUCAAAUCAGCCCCAGAUUACUGCUCUGUGUACAUAAUUUCCAAAUUGAAGAUUGUGUCAGCUCGAUCAGCGGUACGGUCAAUGUCAAAAGGUUUUAUGGCACCGAAACAACUUCCUGUGCAGGCAUGCCCACCUAGUGAACCAGAAGGUGGAUCAGUAAGGGGACAACCACCAAGAAGUAGGAGUACUUACGAAGGACCAGUAGAACCAAUGAGAAUACAGGCACGUGAGAGGCCAAGGAGUGCGGGUAGUAUGUCAAUAGACAUUAACAUUGAUGUACACACUCAUCCACGACAUUGGUCAAUGGAUGAAAGAGAAAUUGCAGGGCUUGUGACAAUGGAUGUGACUAAGCAAGAUUCUAUUCCUGAUGUAUCAGAUUCCUUCGGGACAUCAGGUCCUCAGUCCUCAAAAGAGCUUGAAGCCGAGAUGAAAAGAUUGAGGCUUGAACUGAAGCAAACUAUGGACAUGUACAGCUCAGCUUGCAAGCAAGCAAUCUCAGCCAAAAAUCAGGCAGAACAAAUUCGUCAAUGGAAAAUGGAAGAGGACCGUAAGGUUGAGGUAGUUAGGUUGUCUCAAGAGGCAGCUCUUGCACUGGCAGAAAGGGAGAAGAUUAGAGCCAAAGCUGCAUUGGAAGCAGCUGAGGAGGCCAGGAGGAGGGCAGAACAGGAUGCACAGAGAAGAAAGGAUGCAGAGAUGAAAGCCAGGUUAGAGGCAGAAGAGAAGGAACGUGCAUUAUCUGCGUUGGCUCAUAACGAUAACCGGUAUAGAAAAUACACUAUAGUGGAGAUUGAAGCAGCCACAGAAAAGUUCUACCCAUUAAACAAAAUUGGUGAAGGUGGAUAUGGACCUGUGUAUAAAGGCCACCUUGAUCACACCCCAGUUGCAAUCAAAAUUUUAAGGCCUGAUGCUGUUCAUGGCAUGAAGCAGUUCCAACAAGAGAUUGAGGUACUAAGCUGCAUUAGACAUCCGCAUAUGGUCCUCCUCCUCGGUGCAUGUCCUGAGCAUGGGUGCUUGGUGUAUGAAUACAUGGAUAAUGGAAGCUUAGAAGAUAGAUUAUACCGAAAAAAUAACAGCAGGCCAAUUUCAUGGAGGAAACGGUUCCAAAUAGCUGCUGAGAUUGCAACUGCACUCCUCUUCUUACACCAAAACAAGCCAGAGCCUAUUGUGCACAGAGACCUUAAACCAUCAAACAUUCUCUUGGACAGGAAUUACGUGAGUAAAAUCAGUGACGUUGGUCUGGCACGGUUAGUCCCCGCUUCUGUAGCUGAUACUAUGACACAAUAUUACAUGACUUCCGCUGCUGGAACCUUUUGUUACAUUGAUCCUGAGUAUCAACAAACGGGAAUACUAACAACAAAGUCAGAUGUAUAUUCUCUGGGGAUAAUGCUACUGCAGAUAAUCACAGCCAAGCCUCCCAUGGGACUUGCUCACAUAGUUAAGAAGGCAAUUGAAAAGGGUAGGUUUGAAGAGAUUCUUGACCCUGUGGUCACUGAUUGGCCAGUGGAAGAGGCUCUAUCAUUUGCCAAAUUAGCAUUGAAGUGCUCAGAACUCAGCAAGAAGGACAGGCCAAACCUUGCAACAGUUGUGUUGCCAGAGCUUAAUAGGUUAAGCGAACUUGAAUUGACUUUACACAAUGAUCAAGUUUUUUACAGUAGUGAAGGUGUGAUCAAUAGCUAUGCCGCUUGCCCUCCCACACCUCCAAGAAGUCAUUACUCUGACUCAGAGACGUUAUAUACGAUCUAGCCAUCUAAGUUCGUGUAUGGACUUACUCAUCAUGUACAAAACAAUCAUAAUGUAAUCCAUGCAAUUCAAAUUGUUCAAGAAUUUUCAACUGAAAGGAGUCAAAAUCAAGACACCAAUACAUGGUUUCUAGAAUUCUUUCCAGUUGGAAAUCUUUUUUUCCCUUAACAAUUGUAAUUUUUCAUAUGAUUUUGAGUAACUAGCUAGGAGGUAAUAUCUAAGGAUGGUGUUGGGGAAUUUAAAGCUACUCCAAGAAAGGAAUAUUGCAGCUGUUAAAGAUGGAAGAUGACAGACUAAGAGCACCAAAAUUCAGAAAACGAAUCCAUGAAGCAAAAAGAAAUCAAAUUAUAAAUUAUUCAACUUGGAAAA